AUGGUCCAGCAUGUUUCAAAACACGAUUUGCGAUGCCUCACGAUUGAUGAGCUCGAGCGGCACGCCGCAGAUAUCAUGGACAAGCAGACUCGCGAUUACUACAACGAAGGCGCUGAUUCCGGUUCGACGCUGCGAGAGAAUCUUGACGCUUACAAGAAAUAUCGCAUCCGUCCUCGGGUGCUCCGGGAUGUAUCGUUGAUCGACACGAGUGUGGACAUUUUUGGCCACAAGAACAGCAUUCCUGUAGGCGUAGCACCUACUGCUAUGCAGUGCAUGGCCCACCCCGAUGGAGAGAUCGGCACCGCACGCGCCUGUAAGAAACGCAACAUUGCCAUGGGACUUUCAAGUUUCGCGACAAAUACUGUGGAGAAUGUUGCUCAAGCCAGCGAUGGGAUUCCUAAUGUGCUGCAAUUAUAUUUGUUUGAGAACAAAGACCAUAGCCGGAAAAUAAUUCGGCGCGCAAAGGAUGCCGGAUUCAAGGCAGUCUUUCUGACCGUGGACACACCGUACCUGGGCCGCCGGAAUGCGGAGAUACGAAACCAAUUCAAGAUGCCGCCACAUCUCCAGAUCGCAAACUUUGUCGCGGAAUCAGGAAGUGGUGCUGCAGUACCUGGUCAUCAUGAUGGCGAGAAGUGGGUCUCGCCCUCUGGCAAGAUCACUUUCCACAGUCAUGCUGCGAAUCCAACUUUGAGCUGGGAGAAAGAUAUCGAAUGGUUGAAGCAGGAGUGCCAUCCUGAACUUCAGGUUUGGGUCAAGGGCGUCGCUACGAGCGAGGAUGCACUUCUCGCAGUUCACCAUGGAGUGGAUGGCAUUGUCGUGUCGAAUCAUGGCGGGCGACAGCUGAACGGUGCUCUCGCAACGCUUGAUGCUCUGCCCGAGGUCGUUGAGGCUGUGCAGGGCAAGAUUCCAGUCCAUGUCGAUGGAGGAAUCAGGCACGGUACUGAUGUCUUCAAGGCACUCGCGCUGGGCGCUGACUUUGUUUGGAUUGGGCGACCUGUCCUAUGGGGCUUAGCAUACGGCGGACAGGCAGGCGUUGAGCUUUGCCUGCAGCUCCUGACCGACGAGUUCAAGCUCUCCAUGGGUCUGGCCGGAGUAACGAAGGUCAAGGAUAUCACGAAGGACUAUCUGGUCAAGAUCGAUAAGAGUGGCUUCAUUUCGCGCCUAUAA